AUGACUGGCAUUCAGACGGUCUGUUCCGGCGGCGGAAAGACAUACUUCCUGUCAAAUGAAGGACAGAGUCUGGUCCGACACAAAAGCAAUGUACACCUAAACGAGAGACCCUACGGGUGCGACUACAUGAACUGCGGUACGGCAUUCAAGACCCGCACCCACCUAAAGUACCACAAACUGACCCACAUUGGCGAGCGGCCAUUUGUGUGUCAGCACCGGUGGUGCGCUAAACGCUUCUCCCGUCGACACAAACUCUACGCUCACUUACGCACCCAUACUGGAGAAAAGCCUUUUCGGUGCGAUUGUGGGCAA